GGGAGGGGGCAGGAGAGGCGGAGCCAGAGGAGGUGUCUGCUGCAAGUUCCUGGCUGCCUCUGAGCUCACCCCAUCCUCGGCGCGGGAGGAGGCCAAGUGCCGAUGCCGCUGCCGCCGCCGCCUCGGCUGCUGGUGCUCUAGCGGGGCGGGAAGGGUGGUUCCUCUCCGCACCGUCGCCAGCCGGAGAGGAGGGAACAAAAUCCCAGCAGCGGCUGCUGAUGUUGGGUUCGGAGGCCGCAUCCGACUCGGUCGCAAGGAAAAUGGAUUCAGUUUGCAUCUUUCCCUCCUUUCGACAGCUUCUCCGAGUCUCAGCGUGGAUGUAUCUGUAAUGUACUUCCAGGCCUGAAUGGACAAAGCACUGUGUACUGAUCAACACCAUCCUAAGAAGUGCGGCCCAUAGUUGUGUAGGAUACCAUGAGGUGCUGCAGCAGAACACCUCAUUAGGCCUUCCAGCUCUAGAGAUUUAUGAUUGUAUUACAAUAAAAGGAACCCACAUAAAAGGAACCCAAGCUCAUUUUGGAUACAGUGUUCUUCACCAACCCUGUAGGGCUUCCAGGGCAGCAGCUGAGGACACCUUACCACGGAGCACCACGCAGUAGACGCUGAAACAUCACACCCAUGAUAAGAAGCAGUAACAUGGCAGCACCUGUUUGAAAGGCACUACAACACAAGAUUCCCUUUAGAAAGGAACAAUGUCCAAGAAAGGGCGAAAUAAGGGCGAGAAGCCCGAAGCGCUCAUCGUCGCCCUUCAAGCUGCUAAUGAAGACCUCAGGACCAAGCUCACAGACAUCCAGAUCGAGCUGCAUCAAGAGAAGUCCAAGGUGUCUAAGCUUGAAAGAGAGAAGACUCAAGAAGCCAAGAGGAUCCGGGAGCUGGAGCAGCGCAAGCACACGGUCCUGGUGACAGAACUCAAAGCCAAGCUCCAUGAGGAGAAGAUGAAGGAGCUGCAGGCCGUGAGGGAGAAUCUCAUCAAGCAGCAUGAGCAAGAAAUGUCCAGGACGGUGAAGCUGCGGGAUGGAGAGAUCCAGAGGCUCAAGUCGGCUCUGUGUGCCCUCCGGGACGGCAGCAGUGACAAAGUAAGGACAGCGCUCACCAUUGAGGCCCGGGAGGAGGCCCGGAAACUGUUUGACGCCGAGCGCCUUAAGCUCCUACAGGAGAUCGCGGACCUGAAAACUGCCAAGAAGCAGGUGGACGAGGCUCUAAGCAAUAUGAUCCAAGCGGACAAAAUCAAGGCUGGGGACCUUAGGAGCGAGCAUCAGUCCCACCAGGAAGCCAUCUCGAAGAUCAAGUGGGAGUCCGAGCGGGAUAUUCGGAGGCUGAUGGAUGAGAUUAAAGCCAAGGACAGGAUCAUCUUUUCCCUGGAAAAGGAACUGGAGACUCAAACUGGCUAUGUACAGAAACUCCAGCUGCAGAAGGAAGCUUUGGAUGAACAGCUCUUUCUGGUCAAGGAGGCCGAGUGUAACAUGAGCAGUCCGAAACGAGAAAUUCCAGGAAGAGCAGGAGACGGCUCUGAGCACUGCGGCAGUCCUGAUUUGAGAAGAAAUCAAAAGAGAAUAGCUGAAUUGAAUGCCACUAUAAGAAAAUUAGAAGACAGGAACACCCUGCUUGGAGAUGAACGAAACGAACUGUUAAAACGUGUGCGGGAAACCGAGAAACAAUGUAAGCCUCUUCUGGAAAGGAACAAGUGCCUCGCCAAGAGAAACGAUGAACUGAUGGUGUCUUUGCAGCGCAUGGAAGAGAAGCUAAAAGCCGUUACCAAGGAAAAUUCAGAAAUGAGAGAAAAAAUAACAUCCCACCCACCCCUAAAGAAAUUAAAAUCUCUGAAUGACCUCGAUCAAGCUAAUGAAGAACAAGAGACAGAGUUUUUAAAACUUCAAGUCAUUGAGCAGCAGAACAUUAUUGAUGAGCUCACAAGGGACCGAGAAAAGCUCAUCCGAAGGAGAAAACAUAGAAGAAGUUCUAAGCCAAUUAAGAGGCCUGUUCUGGACCCAUUUAUCGGCUAUGAUGAGGACUCCAUGGACUCAGAGACAUCAUCCAUGGCCUCAUUUAGAACAGACCGAACACCAGCUACUCCUGAUGAUGACUUGGAUGAAAGUUUAGCAGCUGAAGAAUCUGAGCUACGAUUUCGACAAUUAACAAAAGAAUACCAGGCCCUCCAAAGAGCAUAUGCCCUCCUGCAGGAGCAGACUGGAGGUAUCAUCGAUGCUGAAAGAGAAGCCAAGGCUCAAGAACAGCUCCAAGCCGAGGUGCUAAGGUAUAAAGCCAAAAUUGAAGAUCUGGAAGCGACUCUGGCUCAGAAAGGGCAGGACUCACACUGGGUAGAAGAUAAACAACUUUUCAUUAAGAGAAACCAGGAGCUUUUAGAAAAGAUAGAAAAACAGGAGGCAGAAAAUCACCGGUUACAACAGGAACUGCAAGAUGCUCGAGACCAGAAUGAGCUGCUGGAGUUUCGAAACCUAGAGCUAGAAGAAAGAGAGAGACGAUCCCCUCCAUUUAAUCUACAAAUUCACCCAUUCUCAGAUGGUGUGAGUGCUCUACAGAUCUACUGUAUGAAAGAAGGUGUCAAGGAUGUGAACAUCCCGGAUCUCAUAAAGCAGCUUGAUAUCUUGGGUGAUAAUGGGAACUUAAGAAAUGAAGAACAAGUGGCCAUAAUUCAGGCCAGCACCGUGCUGUCCCUGGCAGAAAAGUGGAUCCAGCAAAUUGAAGGAGCAGAGGCUGCCCUGCACCAGAAAAUGAUGGAAUUAGAAAGUGACAUGGAACAGUUCUGCAAAAUAAAAGGCUAUCUAGAGGAAGAACUAGACUACAGAAAACAAGCUCUUGACCAAGCAUAUAUGAGAAUCCAGGAACUAGAAGCUACUUUGUACAAUGCUCUGCAGCAAGAAACUGUUAUCAAGUUUGGUGAAUUAUUAAGUGAAAAACAGCAAGAGGAGCUGAGGACAGCAGUAGAAAAGUUACGGCGGCAGAUGCUGAGGAAGAGCAGAGAGUAUGACUGUCAGAUUCUUCAGGAGAGAAUGGAGCUCUUACAGCAAGCCCAUCAGCGAAUUCGUGACUUAGAAGAUAAAACAGAUAUUCAGAAACGACAGAUAAAGGACUUAGAAGAAAAGUUUCUGUUUCUAUUCUUGUUCUUCUCUCUUGCCUUUAUUCUAUGGCCUUGAUGUCAAGGUGCCUCUUACAGUCUCAAACUCAGGAACAGCGAAUGCGAAUGGGAAGGAACGCGGUCUCCCCGUUUGUUUUUCUGCAAGAGGUGCAGCUUGUGGGGGGCAUCCCUCCACGGUGAUGAGAAGCGGACCCCGGGGGCCAGCCCCCCCAACACUGGCAGCAAGGCCAGGGAGCGCAGGAGUGGAGCUGAGAUCAAAGCAGAUUCCGUGCGGCCUUGGCCUGGUCACAUGUGCCCCCCGGACAGACGGACAUCGUUCCCACUGACACCCUGAGCCACAGGCUCCCUGACUCCUGUUGAGGACGCAAUGCCAGAGAGCAGCUCUCGAUCAGCCUCCAAAACACUGGUCUUCGUAUGGCCUGCAGGCAAAUAUGUUCUGUGAUUCAAGUAAGAACAUGCUAGAGGUGAAAAGUAAACUCAGAGUUUGCUACAGAGAUGUGACUAUAAAACAGGAUUAGGAUUUUUUUUUAAGUCACCUGAUAUGCCUAGAGCAUUCUGACCUCUUGUCCUUUAGACUGAUGACAUUUUUUUUUUCCAGAGAGCUGACAGCAGCAAGAUAGCUCUACCUUUUUUAUACAGAAGUAACGUAUGUUACGGAUAAGGUCGUUUUGUACCAGAGACGAGUAGAAGACCAGUACUUCUUCCUAAGUUACGUAAUACUGAGUCUUGGAUUCAGCUCUGAGAGCCAAUAAGUGUUCCUGAAAAGUGAAUUUUACACCUCAUUUACUGUAGAUAACAAAACAGCCUCAAUUUUUCAAGUUGUCAAGGUUUUAUUUACAGGGCUAGAUUUCCCAUGCAUAAGGAGUGUGUGUAGGGAGCCAGAAACCCUGUCUAUGAAACACUACACAAAUCCUUCCACAUGCCAGUUCCGUAUUUUAUUCUUUGGUUUUCAGCCCUGGCGUUUUCCAAGCCAGACCAGUAACUGAAGAAUAUGCAAGAAAGGCUACAAUGCUGGGGUCCCACGAUUUAUCCUUCUAUUUACUGCUGACCCAGGUGUCUUCAGCCCAGUCACUUAACCUCUCUGUGCCUCAGUCUCCUCAUCUGCAAAAUGAGGUUAAAUGCUUUUUCAUAAAUUUUUUUUUUUUUUUUUUUUUGCAAUUCUGGAACAAGAGGUGCUUAAAGUAGCACAAAGUGCUUUGUAAAAAUAUGACUGCUAUCUUAUUCGACUUUCUUGUAUUGUUGAGAAAGAGUCCCCCAUGUAAUAAAAUAGUGCUUCAGUUUGGUUAAAUCUAAGCACUGCAGCACUGAAGCUUUCCCAUCAAAUAACCUGGGAUAUUGCUAGCAAUAAAGGUUGGGAGAUCUAGAGCCGAGAUCUCUAAUAACCCAUAGUAAAUAGAUCACCUCAUGCUUUUGAACAAGAUAGAAGAACAUCAUUUCACUGAUAAGCAUCUCCUAGCUCUCCUUAUUGCAUAUGCAUGCCAUGAUACCAAAACUCCACUUUUAACGUAGGAAAGCCAACUAUGAAAUCGAGGCGUGGAGUAAAGUGAUGGUAUCGCAUAAUUAGUCUGAUCAUCCCUUUCAUUUUGGGGGAGAUCUACAGAAAUAGGUCCUACUGGGAAUAUACAAAAUAAUUAUCCUGCUGGAUUCUUUAUUCAACGGGAUAGUUUCUUCACUAAUUAGGAAGAGCACAUUCGUUGUGCAGGCAAUGUGAAAGAAGGUGCCACCACAGUGUGUGACUCAACCCUUUCAAAUCUCCGCAUAUAGGGAACGGGAUAAAUUACUCUUCCUUUGACUUUUUCUCUUCUGCUCUUUAUUGGUCAUUCUAGGAUCCAUCUGAGCAAAUUCAUACUCCAUCUGCUAUAUCAAACCUACUUUCCUUCUCCUCAUCUUGCUUUUUUUCACCAAAACUUGUAUGUUAAAUUUUAUAUACAAAUGCUGACUUUGAUUUAAAUGAUUAGAAACAUUUGCAAAAAUAGUACAGCUUGAUCAUGGACCUUAUCUGCUAUAAAUCUGAUUGUAUCAAACACAAAAAAUCAUAGAAGAGCAAUACAGGUAGGAUGACCAUCUAAGCAGCUUUACAAGUGUUUAGGGCAAAUGGAGAUAGGAGGGAUUCUUACUUUUUGUUUAACAUACAGGACAUAAGCAAAGUUCUCUAGAUUUAGGCUAAAAGGUGAUAUUUUUGCCAAGUCUUACUCCUGACACACCAUUGGAUGAGGCUAAAUAUUUUGAUAAGUACAUCUCUGUUAUUCAUUUCGACAAUUAUAAAAACAUUAACAAAAUUGUAAAGCUGUGCUUCACUCAUGGACCCAUAGGAGUAAAUCAUAUUUCAAUGAAUGCUUCCCUUGCAUAUGAUGUUCAGCAAUAGUACAAAGUGUCUCAUUAGUAAUGGAAAGGCUGAAUGUGGCUCCACUUCUUACAGAGAGUACAUAAUCCCCACUCUGAUCUUUAAUUGCUGCAUCUGAGCUAUUCUGACACAUUUGGCCAAUGAAUUAAUAGAACAGCAUUCUUCAGGGUUCAUUUACUUACUUUUUCUUAACCAAGUAUUCAUCUCUUGGAAAAUAAACAUAACUGGCGAUAUUAAAGAAUCGUUUGACAUAAACAAAAGCCCCGAUUGGACAGUUAUUCAGGACAGGAAAAUUUCUAUGAGGAAAUAAAAAAUUGAAAACUAUAUUUGGCUAUCAUACUAAAAAGCCUCUAUUAUUAAAUUGACUGUCUAGCCAUUUUACUCUAAUGCCACUCAAAUUUUGUUUUAGGAAACACUAGAAUGUGCUGAAAAUAAGUGUCAGAUCCCCUUUUUUAAAAAUUUUAUUUAAAUUCAAUUUGCCGGGCAGCCCCGGUGGCGCAGUGAUUUGGUGCCGCCUGCAGCCUGGGGUGUGAUCCUGGGGACCUGGAAUCGAGUCCCACAUCGGGCUCCC